GCCAAUAUUGCUAUUAAAUUUUUUGCCAGUUUGGGAAGCAAAAAAUUAGGUUUUGCCAGUUUGCCAGUUUUGCCGUAUUGCUGUUCUGUGCCGUGCUGUUAGUGAUUUGGUUCCUAAGUUACGAAUAUCUCAAAGUAAAUUAAAUCCGAAUCUGCGUGAAAUAUCAAAGAAAUGGCUGCAAGAUUAAUUCAGAAGAUUUUAAAAAGUAUUGGAGUUAACACCACUCGUUUUGGACAGGAGCGCUUGAAAGAUUCCACGGUCAACGUGAAGGUUAGCACUACCCCCACGUCAGCUCGCGGCUAUGCAUCUGGUGUCAGAAAAGUGACUUUAAUUCCUGGUGAUGGCAUUGGUCCUGAAAUUUCCGCUGCUGUGCAGAAGAUUUUUACCACUGCCAACGUGCCAAUCGAAUGGGAAUCCGUAGAUGUCACACCAGUUAUGGGCCCCGAUGGCAAAUUCGGCAUCCCUCAGGCAGCCAUUGAUUCGGUGAACACAAAUAAAAUUGGCUUGAAAGGUCCCUUAAUGACACCAGUCGGCAAAGGUCAUCGCUCAUUGAAUUUGGCCUUACGUAAAGAGUUCAAUUUGUACGCCAACGUUCGGCCCUGUCGCAGUCUGGAGGGCUACAAAACGCUCUACGAUGACGUCGAUGUGGUGACAAUCCGUGAGAACACCGAGGGUGAAUACUCCGGCAUUGAGCACGAAAUUGUUGACGGUGUUGUGCAGAGUAUAAAACUGAUCACCGAGGAGGCUUCAAAGCGUGUCGCCGAAUACGCCUUCCAAUAUGCCAAGGCCAAUAACAGGAAAAAGGUGACCGUGGUGCACAAAGCAAACAUUAUGCGCAUGUCAGAUGGUUUGUUCUUGCGUUGCGCACGCGAUAUGGCCGAAAAAUAUCCAGAAGUUCAGUUUGAAGAACGUUAUUUGGACACUGUUUGUUUGAACAUGGUGCAGAAUCCCAAAAAAUAUGAUGUUUUGGUAAUGCCCAACUUGUAUGGUGAUAUUCUUUCUGAUAUGUGCGCUGGUCUCGUUGGUGGUUUGGGUCUGACCCCAUCGGGCAAUAUGGGUUUGAAUGGCGCCUUAUUCGAAUCUGUUCACGGCACUGCCCCCGAUAUUGCUGGUAAGGAUUUGGCCAACCCAACUGCUUUAUUGCUGUCGGCUGUUAUGAUGUUGAGACACAUGGAGUUGAACGAACAUGCUGAUAAGAUCCAAAACGCCUGUUUCGAGGUGAUCAAGGAGAGCAAGUAUUUGACUGGCGAUUUGGGUGGCAAGGCCAAAUGCUCAGAGUUUACAAAUGAAAUCUGUGCUAAGCUGUGAAGUGCAACUAUUAGGUGAUUUGUAUGCGCCUAAGCCUACAUCGUGUUGCAUAUAUGCACCAAAUUUCUGAUUCGAUUGGAAUACUAAAUUAUAUCCACUGCUGCUUAACCCAACAAUAACCCAAAUUGAUAUGAAAAAAGAGAAAUAAACAAUAUAAGUAUGUAAAAACUACUUAAAAGAAAAGUAUUGUACGUUCGAAUAGAUAAAUUAUACAUCCCUAUACUAUACCGUAUUUGCUCAGCCAAAUGCUAAAUAACAACAAGAAAUGAGCCUUAAAAUACAUCUGCUAUUCAUGUACAAUUCACUAGAUACAACGUCAAUCAUCCUAUUACAGAAGUAUUUAUAUAAAGUUUUAUUUUUUCUUUGAUGUUAAAUUUGCCAUCAGGUAUUUAGUAAUUAUAUUACGUUUAUUAGUCAAUAUUUAUUUAAAGAUAUUGGAUUUAAUUUUAUGUUUAGUUAUCGCCGAGAGUUAUUAAAAUUGCUAAUAUACUCUGUCAAUGGUUUAGAUAUCAUUUGUAGCACAUUCAAAUCAUAAACAUUAAUUUAUUUGCCUUUUGUCGUUAGUCAAUUGUAUUUGAUGAUUAGAAUAUAGAUAAAACCUAAAUUCUCAUUUAAAAGCAGUAAGGAUACAUAGUUAUCAUUUUUUUGCCACAAUAAUAAAGAACAUUAGAAAAAAUGUCUGACUAGACCACCAAAAGUCAUAAGAAAUGCUAAAAAUAAAGUUUUGCAUGUUAAGGCUACUCAAUAGAAACAGUUAAUAAAAAUGUAAACAAACAAAAAAUAA